CUCAAAUUGACCAAUCAUAGCGGUGUUGCUAGGCUGACCCUUUCUCUGAUUGGAGGACACAGAUGUCAGUCAGUGUAGAUGAAGCGCAGGAUGAUUUCUGCUCAAUUACAUGAAACACCCCAAAACACGUCCUCAGCCUCAGCAGCAGCAGCAGCAGCAGCAACAACACGAACACUGCAGAGGAACACACGGCUUGUCCUACACCUAAAGUGGCUUUUCUUUACAGCACAAGAAGCCGUGCCUUUUAGGGGUUAUCUCUACUUUCCAGAGAUUUGGAACCAGAGACUGGCACUGGGAUCACGAGUCGGAACAGGAAUUGAGGAAACGCAGGCAGACAGGAUGGUUCAGUGACAGAUUUUGUCCAUAUCCAGAUGUCACUGUGGAAUCAGGACUGUGUGUGUCCCACCCCACGCACCACCACGGCCCUCACGUGUGUGUUGCGCUGUUUCCCGUGUGAGCCGUCUUGGGCCGGGAGCCCCUUCGUGCAACGCGCACCAAGCCCGCCUAUGCUCACCAUGACGCGCUCCAAAACUUUCCAGGCUUACCUUCCCACCUGUCACCGCACGUACAGCUGUAUCCACUGUCGUGCACACCUUGCCAACCAUGACGAGCUCAUUUCUAAGUCCUUUCAAGGCAGUCAAGGCAGAGCCUAUCUAUUUAACUCUGUGGUGAACGUAGGAUGUGGUCCAGCAGAAGAGCGAGUGCUUCUCACUGGACUGCACGCGGUAGCAGACAUCUAUUGUGAGAACUGCAAAACUACACUGGGAUGGAAAUAUGAGCACGCCUUUGAGAGCAGUCAGAAGUACAAGGAGGGUAAGUUUAUCAUCGAGCUGGCCCACAUGAUAAAGGACAAUGGCUGGGACUGAGGUCUGAGAGAGCUGUGAUGGAGUAUGGAUGAAGCCAGUUCAGAUGCUGGCUGUGUGGGUAAACAAAUGACGCUGGUUUCAUGUCGCCUUCUCUCUUGUAUUCUAUUCAACAUUUCUCCCACACACACACACACACACACACACA